CCAUUCCCUAAAAGGGACUUCGCCUCUUUUUCCGGGCUCGGCAGGGUAGCACUCGGGACCCCGGCUCUCCGACCCUCACGGCUGCCGAUUUGCUGGGGGGACUUGGAGAGCCGCCUUCCCCUUCCUGACGCGGACAGAGGGGCCAGCCUUGGUCCACCGCGCGCGCUGCAUCUCCGCUCCGUCCCCGGCCGCCCGCCCGGGCUGCCACCCGCCGAGUCCCGAGAGCGAGCGGGCGAGCGAGCGGGGGCCGGCGCUGCGUUCGCCCGGGCGCGCCCUCCAGGAUGCUGCUCCGCGCGGUCCGCUGAAAACGGGCGCCCCUUCCCGGCCCAAAGGCGGGCGCCCCUUCCCGGCGCCUCCUCCAGCUCACCCCUGAGGCUUCUAGGCGCCCGGGGCUCCCCCCGCCUGCUCCCUUCCUCCCUCUCUCGCUCUCUCGCUCGCGCUCGCUCUGGUAGGGCCUUCCUCGCGGUCCGUGCGCGCAGGCGGUGGCUAGCUGUCUCGGACGCAGCAUGCAGGCGCGCUACUCUGUGUCCGACCCCAACGCCCUGGGAGUGGUGCCCUACUUGAGCGAGCAGAAUUACUACCGGGCGGCGGGCAGCUACGGAGGCAUGGCCAGCCCCAUGGGUGUCUACUCGGGGCACCCGGAGCAGUACGGCGCGGGCAUGGGCCGCUCCUACGCGCCCUACCACCACCACCAGCCCGCGGCGCCCAAGGACCUCGUGAAGCCGCCCUACAGCUACAUCGCGCUCAUAACCAUGGCGAUCCAGAACGCGCCCGAGAAGAAGAUCACCCUGAACGGCAUCUACCAGUUCAUCAUGGAUCGCUUUCCCUUCUACCGGGAGAACAAGCAGGGCUGGCAGAACAGCAUCCGCCACAACCUCUCGCUCAACGAGUGCUUCGUCAAGGUCCCCCGCGACGACAAGAAACCUGGCAAGGGCAGCUACUGGACCCUGGACCCGGACUCCUACAACAUGUUCGAGAACGGCAGCUUCCUCCGGCGCCGGCGGCGCUUCAAGAAGAAGGACGUGCCCAAGGAGAAGGAGGAGCGGGCCCACCUCAAGGAGCCGCCCCCGGCGGCGUCCAAGGGCGCCCCGGCCCCCCCCCUAGCGGACGCCCCCAAGGAGGCCGAGAAGAAGGUGGUGAUCAAGAGCGAGGCGGCGUCGCCGGCGCUGCCGGUCAUCACCAAGGUGGAGACGCUGAGCCCCGAGAGUGCGCUGCAGGGCAGCCCACGCAGCGCGGCCUCCACGCCUGCCGGCUCCCCCGACGGCUCGCUGCCGGAGCACCACGCAGGCGCACCCAACGGGCUGCCCGGCUUCAGCGUGGAGAAUAUCAUGACGCUGCGAACGUCGCCGCCGGGAGGCGAGCUGAGCCCCGCGGCCGGGCGCGCGGGCCUGGUGGUGCCGCCGCUGGCUCUGCCCUACGCCGCCGCGCCGCCCGCUGCCUACGGCCAGCCGUGCGCGCAGGGCCUGGAGGCUGCGGGCGCCGGGGGCUACCAGUGCAGCAUGCGCGCCAUGAGCCUGUACACCGGGGCCGAGCGGCCGGCGCACAUGUGCGUCCCGCCAGCGCUGGACGAGGCCCUCUCGGACCACCCGAGCGGCCCCACAUCGCCCCUGAGCGCCCUCAACCUCGCCGCCGGCCAGGAGGGCGCGCUCGCCGCCGCCGGCCAUCACCACCAGCAUCACGGCCACCACCACCCGCAGGCGCCGCCGCCCCCGCCGGCUCCCCAGCCCCAGCCGGCGCCGCAGCCCGGGGCCGCCGCGGCCCAGGCAGCGUCCUGGUAUCUGAACCACAGCGGGGACCUGAACCACCUCUCCGGCCACACGUUCGCAGCCCAGCAGCAGACUUUCCCUAACGUCAGGGAGAUGUUCAACUCCCACCGGCUGGGGAUUGAGAACUCGACCCUCGGGGAACCCCAGGUGAGCAGCAACGCGAGUCAGCUGCCCUACAGAUCUACGCCUUCUCUCUACCGCCACGCAGCUCCAUAUUCCUAUGACUGCACGAAAUACUGACCUGCCCCGGCCCUCCUCUGCCCUGGCCCGCUCUGGCUUCGCCUCCCAGACGCGACCCUCUCAAACAGUUCAGGCUGCAGAGACGCAAAAAGAACCCAAACUUGCCCACCGCUUUUUCCGCAGACCCGGGAGCAGAGAGAGCGCGCGCGCCAGCCUCAGCCCUCUGCGAAGCGCAGGUGACUUUAA